UGGACUUGCUCAAAGGUUGGGGAUUGGAAUGUGUUUAUCAAACAUUACUUGGUUAGUUAGUUCAUAACCAAUAGUCAUUGUUUGCUAUAAAAAUAAAAAAAAUAUAUUUUUGACAAUAUACUGUAAAAUUUUUUUAGCUGAAUUAAUAGAUCUGAAAGUGUUGAAAUUGUUAAAAGAUGAAGAUUGUAAAGAAUUAUUGAAUAAAUUUCCAUUAGGAAUUCGAAUUUUGUUCAUUAAUAAUUUGGAAAAUUGGAAAAAAAGUUUACCUCAAAAUGAAAAUAUGACUGCUACAAUUCCACAAUAUACUCCUACCUCAAAAACAUUCCAGCAACAAAAAUCUGUAGAUCAUAAUAUUGAUCUAGGUGUUAUAUUGAACUCAACAACUACUGGUGGAAUGAUAGUGGAUUACUAUAAAAUAAAUAACAGGUUUAAUGAUAAUAUUAGAUCAUUAUUAGUAGAUGCUAUCAUUAGUUACAUCAUUACCAAAAAAAUGACAAUGUCAGUCAAUCUUGCUGAUUAUAUUGGUGAUCAAAUAGUUUCCAUGUUUCCAUCAGAAGUAAAAGAUACAUAUUUUAUGAAGUAUGAAUCAAACAAAAAUCCAAAGGGAAAGCUUUAUGCAAAGUUUUAUAAUUCCAUGAGGUUUUUAAAAUCAACUGGUCUUGUUACAUCAAAUGUAAAAAAUAUUGAUAAGCCCAAUAGCCGCAAACAUAGUAUGCAUUUUGAACCAGAAAAAGACAUCAGUUACAUAGUGGAUCAAAUUAAAAAUGACACAAGUUGUCCAUUUCCAGAAGUAGAACGUAAUUGGAAAGCAACAACAAAAUUUAGGUUGAACGAAAUUCAAAAGGCGAUAUCAACAAGUGACAUAAUUAACGAAUGGAAUAGUUUUACGUUACCCCUUGGAUACCGACUUGUCGAUAUUGACUUCAAAACAUUAUACCCAGACUGUCAGGACUUGAUGAUCACAUUUGAAAACAAAUCUCAACAAAUAAUGAACUUGAUUGAUGAGAAAAUCAAAGAUUCUUCAAGUCGCAAAUUAUUAAACAACUUAAAGGAUACUCCAGACAUAAGUCAAAAUGAAACAAAUACAGUUUUGUUUUAUUUAUUGCAUGCCAUUUUUGUGCCAACAUCCAAAAAAGUUACCAGGGACCAUAAUGGAAAAAUAAACCAAGUCAAGCAUUCCAUUAAAGAUUCACAAAAUACCUUCAUGGUUUUUAAGAAUUCGGUUUGUGAAAUUGAGGAAUACAUCACUCUACGGCGCAAUGAAAAAACUCCAAUACAACCUAGAGAAAUAAUUGUUUUUUUUGAUUGUAUCAAGUACAAAGUUUUUUCAAUUCUAAAUGCGAUUGAUGUAUGUUUUAAGUUGAUUCAUUUGUUUAACUUAGAGUAUCCAACUGAAUCCUCUAUUGUUUGGUUGUUUAUUCAAAAAUAUUUAUACAACUUAAAUACAAAAUUUGAUAAACCUUGUCAUACUCUUGGACAAAUAUUAUCCGACUUAAGACAAAAUUAAUUUUUUUUUUUUAACUUGUAUUACUCAUUAAUUAAUAAUUACGCUUCUCUUUUUUAAUAUAAGUUUUUAAAGUUAAAAAUA